UUUCAGUGACUAUUAUAAUACUGUUUGUGUAUUAAAAACAAACCUUUUUAUUAUAUUAAUUGUUAAAUGACUACAUGACUACUAUAAUAAUGAGUGAAAUAGUGUCACCCGAUUAUGACCAGUCAUAUAUCGGUCGCGAAUGGGUUUUCGCUAAAUUAGAGAAGACUCUUGACCUCCGGACUCAACUUAAUGUCAACACCUGUGUAACCGCAGUGUUUGGUUGUGCCGGAAGUGGUAAAACAGCUCUUUUCAAACAAUUGAUUGAAAUUAAAAAAUUUAAAGACUAUUUGUUGGCAUUUGUUGAGUGCACUCAAGAGUUAAAUAUUAAAAAUUUUAUUAAUUCAGUUGAGUCACAAAUGAAGGAUAAAUUAAAUAAUGAAAAUAAUUUAAGUAAUAAUAUUAACACUGAUGUCAAUGAAGUACUUACUGUCGAUGACUUGUUUCAAAAGUGUAUAUUAUUUCCAUUACUUGAGGCAAAAAAUAUGGAGAAAGAUCAGCAAAGAUAUAUAAUAGUGUUGGACUCAAUUGAUACAAAUGCAGAUAUAUGUCAACUCAUAUCAAAUCACAUGCAUUUACUGCCAAAAUGGUUGCAUAUAAUAAUAAGCGCGCGACCGAAACGCCGCAAAGGAUUUACUAAAAUGUUUAGCGGUUCCCGAAAGAUAGUUAUCGACGAUAUGAGAAAAUUAAAUGUCAUUAACGACAUGAAGGCAUUUAUAAUGCAUAGAAUCCGAAGUAUCAAUUGUCGGCCAUUGGGAACCACUGGACGCAAAGCUCUCAAUCAAAUUGGCAUUAAAAGUAACGGUUGUUUUCUUUAUGUUAAAUUAAUCCUCGAUUGUUUCGAAAGAGGUAUUAUUAAGACGAGUGAAGUGGACACUAUCGGUGCCACACUUAAUGGUCUUUAUAUUUAUCUUUGUUCAAAACUAUUUGAUUCAAAUAUCGACUAUGAGUUUCACUACAAAUCCAUAAUCUCAUUGAUAAUUGUGUCGCCAGACUUAGCAAUGAGUAGAGAAGCUCUUGAAAAAUGUCUUAAUUGGGACAUUGAGUUCUUAGACAACAGAAUUGAUGAGUUAUGUAUGCACUCUAUUCUUGAGAUAAAUAAUAAUUAUAAGAUAUGUUUGACACAUACGACACUUAUUGAAUGGUUAACUGAUGUCAAGCACUGCACCAAUAGAUUCUUAUGCGACCAAUCAUUUGGACACAUAAUUCAAGCACUUUGUAAUAGUCUUCCCAAUAUUAAUGAACAUCACUUUCAUGUCUUUAACUCUUGUAUUCCUAACUUUUCAAUACAUCACUACGCGCUUUGGCUAUUGUUAUCAAUCGAUACAUCGAUUAGUGUCCACACAUUAACUCAAUUGAUUGAAGACUCGCCAAUCAUUCAUUUCAUACAAAAAUGUAGAAAUACUUUGAAUGAAAGUCAUUAUAUGUCUCAAUCACUAUCGAUAUGUGAUUCAAAUUCUCCAAAAUAUACUUCAAAUGAAAAUAUUGAAAAUUCAAAUGAAUUCAAUGUUAUCGAUGAAAGUCCUCAACAAAGUGAUACAGAAUAUGAAGAUUUGGUGAAUCAAUUCAGUAAAGCUCUUCUCAAGUGUGAUAUACCUACUGUUCGGGACAUUUUGACCAAUGACUCGACAGAUAUGUUAAAUCAAUAUAUAAUUGAAGAAAAGACACCAUUAUUUUGGGCCAUCAAUAGUGCCAACAUAUCUCUCGUUGAACUUUUGAUUGAGUUUGAAGUCGAUAUUAACUGUGUUUGUGAUAUAGAGAGUGGUUUAACACCACUUAUGAUUGCCGUCUCUUUAAAUAUACUGGAAAUGUGUGAACUAUUGUUAGACAAUGACUCUGAUGUCGAUGCGUCCGAUACAUUGGGUAGAAGUCCAUUAGUUCACGCAAUACUAGAGCACUGUUCGCCUAAAAUCAUUGAGCUGUUGCUCUUUUGGGGGGCGCAUACAGACUAUAUCGAUGCCAAUGGAUCAUCGCUUCUGUGUUUGGCCUCAAGUGAUAUUAAGAGUUGUGUGGAAUGUGUUCGUCUCCUUUUAGCUGUUGGUUGCGAUGAACUUCAUAAAGACAAUAACGGAAGAACAUCUCUUCAUAUGGCCGCUGCUGUCGGUAAUACUGAUAUUGUAGAAGUACUUCUUGAUAUUGGAGGUGAAACACUAUUAAUGGUCAGAGACAAUGAUGGGAAGCUCGCAUUACACGAUUGUGCCAUCGGUGGCUUUAUUGAUACUGCAAGACAUCUGAUAACUAAUGAAUCAAUAAAUGUGUUGUCACACGAAGGCAAGUCUCCUUUAAGACUUGCGGCACUCAAUUCAUACUUAGAUUUGAUGACUUUAUUAAUUGAAAACAAUGCAAACGUCAACUACAUUGAUGCCGACGGAAGAACUACAGUAUAUUGUGUUGCGAGCAGUGCUGCCGAUGAUCUUAAGGUCAUCGAUAUUCUGCAACAUUUGAUUAAAUUAGGUGCAGAUCUUGAAAUUAAAGAUCUUGAAGGACGUACUCCUUUACACGUGUCCGCCUGGCAGGGAAUCACUCAUGUGGUGCAAAUACUUCUUGAAUUUGGAUCUGAUGUCAACUCAUUGGACAACGAAGGUCGCACUGCCCUACAUAUGUGUGCCUGGAAUGGACACACAGAGAUCAUUACUCUUCUAAUAGAAGCCGGCGCUCAACUAAAUCAAGUGUCGACAACACAGGGCGCCACACCUUUACUCAUAGCUGCACAACAGGGACACAUCGAGACCUGUCAAAUGCUUUUAAAUGUCGGCGCAGAUGUCUCACAUAUAGACUUUUAUGGUCGCAAUGCUAAAGAUGUGGCCAAUAAUUGUGGUCAUCGAGAUAUUGUUAUUUUGUUAGAGUCUUAUAUGUCGAAAGUUGAAGAACAGUGUCCAACCCUUUCAAGUCAUGCAUCAACCGCUGAGACGGCGGCUAUCGCUGAAAUCGAGGCUUUGUUGCAGAGCUCAACCCAAUCAAAGAUUAAGACAUCGCCUGAUUGUCUCAACAAAAGUCAGAGUUCACGCAAACACAAGAAAGUGAUGUCAAUAAGCAAAUUGACAAAACUGUUGCACUAAUAAUACAAUUACUUAAUUUCAUAAUUAGUUUAAUUAACUUUUUUUGUUUUCUUAUUUCUUACUCCAUUAUAACAUCAGAUUUCAAUUUGAGUUUAAUAUUAAUUUACUAAUAAUUAAAAAAUAUUUUGAAAUGUAUCAUAAGUAA